CCCCUGCUACUCAAGAUGUGUGACCUAGGGAUAGGGCUAGCUUUCAUACACAGCCAAUCGCGACCUUACUUGAACAAGGGAGGCGGGAGGAAAAAAGCGAGUGAUUUGCCUCCUCUUGCUGGCUCCCCACGCAACAGCCCCAGUCUGUCGGCCACCGUACUCCAGGCGCUCAAAAUCUCGCGUUGCCUGGGUUUAGAGGUGGCGCCGGCUUACGCGGAGUUUUGGAAAGAUGGCGGCCCGGGUUUUAGCUCUGCUUCGGGAGGUGGCUCGGCUGGAGGCGCCGCUGGAGGAACUCCGGGCCUUGCAGGCUGCCCUGCAGUCCGUGCCGCUCAGCUCACUCCGAGAACAAGCGGCCGAGCUUCGGCUCGGGCCUCUCUUCUCGCUACUCAACGCAAAUCACCGGUUGGAAGAAUUGUAGAAAAUUCAGAGGCUGUUACCGAGAUUCUCAAUAGUCCUGAGUUACUGAAGGACAUAAUUUAUUGCAUUGGUGGAGAAAAAUUAUCUAUAGCUAAAGCGGCUAUCAAGUCACUGUCGAGAAUAGCCCUAACUCAAGCUGGAUUAGAGUCUUUAUUUGGAAGCAGCCUGUUAGAUGAUUUAAAAAAUGUAAUGAAAACAAGUGACAUCGUACGAUAUAGGGUCUAUGAGCUGAUUGUGGAGAUUUCCUCUGUGUCACCAGAAUCCUUAAAAUACUGUACUGACAGCGGAUUAGUAACCCAGCUCAUUAGAGAGCUGACUGGUGAUGAUGUUCUAGUCAGAGCCACCUGUAUAGAAAUGGUGACAUCUCUGGCACACACUCAUCAUGGACGGCAAUAUCUUGCCCAAGAAGGAAUAAUUGAUCAAAUUUCUAAUAUCAUUGUUGGGGCAGAUUUAGAUCCUUUCUCCAGUUUCUAUUUGCCAGGAUUUGUCAAAUUUUUUGGCAACCUGGCAAUAGUGGAUAGCCCUCAACAGAUAUGUGAACGAUACCCAAUCUUUGUAGAAAAGGUCUUUGAAAUGGCAGAAGGUCAGGAUCCUACCAUGAUAGGAGUAGCUGUGGACACCUUAGGGAUCCUGGGCUCAAAUGUGGAAGGAAAACAGGUUUUACAGAAAACAGGAAGUCGGUUUGAACACCUGCUGAAGAGAAUAGGACACCAAGCAAAGAAUGCUUCAACAGAAUUAAAAAUUAGGUGUUUAGAUGCGAUUUCAUCUCUUCUUCAUUUACCACAUGAUCAACAGACUGAAGAUCUUUUAAGAAUGACAGAAUGCUGGUUCUCUUCUUUAACUCGGGAUCCACUGGAACAUUUUAGAGGGAUCAGCACCCAACCUUUCUCUGAACUGCAUUGUGCUGCGUUAAAAGUAUUCACAGCCAUUGCAAACCAACCCUGGGCUCAGAAACUUAUGCUUAACAGCCCAGGGUUUGUGGAAUAUGUCAUGGAUCGGUCUGUGGAACGUGACAAAGCUUCAAAAGAUGCCAAAUAUGAACUAGUGAAAGCCCUUGCAAACUCGAAAACAAUUGCAGAAAUCUUUGGAAACCAAUAUUAUUUAAGACUAAGAGCAUACCUGAGUGAAGGCCCAUACUUUGUGAAGUCUGUUUCAACUACAGCUGUGGAAGGAGCAGAAUGAGUUCCACACAAUUCAGUUUAGGGGACCAAUCUUCAAGACCAAGACAUCUUCCAUAGACCUUUGGGUUUUUGUUUUGUUUUCAUUUGUUUGUAUUUAACAGACAGAAAAUAAUUUUAGCAUAAUUGCACUUUUAAAGAAAUUAUCAUGAUAUGUAUAAGGUAGACUAACAACUAUACAUUUGUUGUUAUUGUUUUCAAGGUACAUUGUGGAAUAGGGGUUUGGAGCUCUUUGAUUGCAAAAAAGAAAAAUAUUCCAUAUUGCAGAGGAUUUUGGUCAUUAUUUGAAGUAUUUUUCUGCUUCCCUAAAUAUAUGUGAUUUUGCCAAAGCUGCAUACACUUAAAUAUAUCUACAUAUAUAUUUGUAACUGCAAAUGCUGGGAAAUUCCUUGCCCUAGAGAUGCCUAAAUAGAGAAUAACCCCUGUCACAAAGAAUCCUAUUUUAUUCAAAAGGAAGAAGCAAGUUACAUUAGGAAUUCUCUUCCACUCUUGGCAAACCUUUUUGUUCUCUAACCCACUACCUCCUCACUUGGAUGUUCAAAUUCUUUAGCUUAUAAAGCUGUGUGGACCCCUAAAAUUAUGUGUUCUCAUCUUUAUAAUACAAGUAAGCCAUUUUUAAUAAGAUCUCUUUGGUGAGCUUUUGAGAUGAGAUGUUUUAAUUGUCUUUUGUAAGAAAAUGAGACAUUCUAUGACUUUAAGAAAAUUAAGAAAAAGCCUCCCAACCAAUUUGAAGUCUUAUUUUGAUAUCUCUUUGCAAUAACUAAUGAAUUAUAUCUAUUCUGUUUUUAUAUCUGUGACUUUUCCCAUUUUUUUCCCCAUUAUACUUGAUUAAAAAAUUCUUGCUGGCAACAACCCCUGCCUCUGGUUAAAUAAUAGUGCUAAUUUGGAAAGAUCUUAAGUUUCAUGAGGAAGAAUACGAUUCCGUUUCAGGAACACGAGAGAAAAGUCUCCUGAAAUAAAAGACAUUCAAAUCGUAUUUUGAAAUGAUUGAAUUAGACAUUGUAUACCAAAUCCAAUUUUACUUUUUUUAUCUUAUGUUCCAAUUCCAUUUUAAAAGAAUUCUAGUUUGUGGUGAUAAAGAGCACUAGAUUUGGAAUCAGAAGAAUGAAGUUUGAAUAUAGAUUGUCAUUUAUCAAUUGUAUGUUUUAGGCAAGUCACUAUACCUCUGUAAGUCUCAGUUCCUCACCUAUAAAAUGAUGACAGUGAUCUCUAAUGUCUUUUUCAGUUCUAACAAAAUAGAAGCUAGAUAACUCUGGGAUCUUUCUGAGGUAGUUCUUAUAUCCAACAAAAAUUUAGACUGGAUAUCCUCUAUAGUCUCUUAGCUCUUAAUAUUCUAUAUUUCUAGUAUUUUAAUCCUAGUUAGUUCCUGUCCAUCCUAUAAGAGAAAUAUUGUGUGCCAACACCAAAUGAAUGAAUUCAUUGCAUCCUGUUUGUAUUGUGCAGCCUGUUUGGGACUUUGAUGAAAAACUUCUAUUGAGAAUUACCAGCAUAGAAGGUAAAUGUGCUAAUCCAAAGAACUUGUACACUGUAAAAAUAAAACUAAGAUUUCUAUGUAGUAGGUACAUCUAAUUCUUUGAGAUUAGAUUAUAGAGCCAUGAUUUUAGCUUAAAAAGACGUAUUUGCUACAUGCACAUAGUAUUGAGUAACAUUUUACGAUAAUUUAAUUUUUUUCAUGUAAUUCAAGUGAAAGAGAUUCAAGUCACAGAUAUAAAAAUGCAAAGUUAGUGCCAUUAAGAAUUGUAUAUAUGGGGGGCAGCUGAAUGGAUUGAGAGCCAAACCCAGAGACAGGAGGUCCUGGGUUCAGAUCUGGCCUCAGACAUUUCUUAGCUGUGUGACCCUGGGCAAGUCACUUGACCCCUAUUGCCUAGCCCUUACCACUUUUCUGCCUUAAAACCAAUACAUAGUAUUGAUUCUAAGAUGGAAGGUAAGGGUUUAAGGGGAUAAAAAAAGAAUUAUACUUAUGAUUGUCCUUAAACAUUUUUUAGAAACUUUACAACUGUAAAGAAUGAGAAGAGGCAGUUUUUCACAGAAAUAACUUUAAUGCAUUCCCCCUUUAAAAAGACAAGUUGAUUGCAGAAGGAAUUUUAUGCUAAGUUAAAUUCUUUAGGAACUAUUACAUAUUGGUAUUUGGAACACAAAUAAAAGGGCUUGGAAAUUUC